GCCUGAUGAGACUCUUUCAGUAAUCAAUCGCGCAUAUAUAAAGAGUCUCAUUCAUCGAUGCAUCCAUUCACCCAGCUCGCCCAUCCAUCCAUGAGUUGUACUUUGCAAGCUUGGGGGCAACGCUUCGCUUAACUCUUUACCGAUCACACGUGCGUCCACAUGUUGCGGACAGGCACGAGAGCAGACAGACAGACAGACAGGCAAAGUAGAGCUCACGAGACACGCGAAACGCCGGCAUUUUUCCGGCGGAUCGUAACGUACGUAACUAACAAAUCAGGCGUUCAUUCUAUCGUACGAGACACACAGACAGACACCUCACUCAAAGCUUUGUCCAUUCGCCAAUCCAUGUAUGGCAACACGCACCCACGUCGACUUGACUCGGUGUGUGCUGGUGCAUGUCACGCACUCGUUCACUGUCCACGUCAUGCUCUCUCACGCCCUGAUGUCGCUGCACUUUUUGUCUUUGUCGUCCGUGAUGGUGUCCUCAACAUUUUGAGGGAAGGUCAGCACAUACCUACGCACAUUCACCGACCGACAAACGACGUGUGCUUCCAUGCAGUGGCCGAUUGCCUCAUGUAUGUGUCUGCUUCUCACCGCAGAUACACUCGUGUCUUAUUGAUGGGCACGCCAUCCUCGUCCACGAGGUUGGUCUCUUCAAUGACACCCCUCGCCAAGCCCUUGCCAAAGUUCUCCGACACGGCCUCGCCUGACGGCGAUGACACAACGACAGCGUUUUCGGCAGUGCCGUGGUUGUGCUGACUCACUGCUCAAAAUGCCGAAGACAUUCAGUGGAACCUCAGGGGCGAGCUCCGAUCUGACGAAUCAAUCACGGCAAGCCACACCCACUCAUCCAUCCAUCCAUCUUGUUGUUGUGUGUGGCUUUCGACCGCUUAAAGCCUGGCACGCCAAUGGUGAGCUCCCUGUCGAAGAAUUGCGAGGUGUCGACCACCUCGCCGUCCACCACCAGCUUCUGCUCGCCCGCAAUGAAGCCGCUGCCCGGCGAGACCUCAACAAAGUCGGCACCGGGGAUGUCGUCAGCGAACUUUCCAGCAACCGCCCCGCCCGUUGGGAACACCACUGCGACGCCAUCAGCAAUGAACUCGGCGUUGGAGACAGGAAUCUUGCCCUGGAGCGAGUCAGCAGUCCACUUCAUGCAUGUGACUGGUCCGAUGACGAUGCCCACCCCUAUCACUGACUGACCUGUAGGUUCUUGAGCUUCGGUUGGCCCUGGACGUCGAUGGCAUAGACAGCCAGGGUCGGGCGGUACGACCAGAGGAAUACGAAGGCAUCGGAGGGGCUGCCUUCUGGGAUGUCGACUGUGAUGGAAUUGACCGGCUCGGUGGCCACCUCUGGGUCGAUUUUUACGCCAUACUGAGGAGAAAGGAUUACGGCGGGAGGACAAGGUGCGACAAUGCUGCCCCUUCUGUCGUUCUCUACUGUUUUCGUACCUGCUCCUCUGCAAAGUCGUACAGAAAAGUACGAAACUCCAAUGUGUUCUUCUCCUCGGUGAUGUUGUCGAACACCGUAAAUCGAAAAGGGACCUGUGAGACAAAGAAGGGGGGGCCCGUUAUCGAGAGGGAAGCGUGCAUUAACCGUAACACUCGUCUGUGUGUCCGUGAUACUCAUACAUCGUUGUGUAUCACUGGGACCAUCGUGUUCAUGCAGACGAGGAAGGGCCCACCUGCUCUCCGAAGCGGGGGUCGCUGAAGUCGAUCACCGCGUCGGUCCCGUACACUAUGGUGACGUCGUAAAUGCGCUCGGGGUUCUCGCAGUUGCUGCCGUCGCCCUCGCCCUCCUCACGGUUGGUGAGGAAAGCCAAAAGGGCGGAAAGGGGAUCUGCCCGGUCCGCGGGGUGAGAUACAUCGGGGUCCGCGCGGCCGGGCCCGUACAGGCUGGCGGCAGCCACCAGCACGAACAAUGGAAGGACGACGGAAAGCUGAGGCAUCCUCUGGGCCGCACGGAG